GCCGCGAUGCGAGAAAGAGGGACAGGGAGUGAAUGCUGGCGGAACGAGGCAUUCACCGUUCACAGAAGCAGUGCCAUCGAGGACAGCUCGUAGGCAUUACGCUUGAUGUCUCUGCUGCCCUCCUUUGCCCAGUCAAGCACAGCAAACUUACGCAUAUGCAUACACGACCGGCAGUACUCACUUCUCUGGCCAUGGGCAUUCGCUUAUCACACACAUAUCCUACCCCAGCCAAAAGGGCUCAUGAAUUGCUAUCAGAUGAUACCCUACGCCCCCUAUUCAAUGCGGUUGACCCAUCCUCCUGCUGUGCGUGAAGAUUGCCCAUUUAUGGGGGGUACCUCAAGUGAACGCCAGCGCCGCGGCGACUCCACAACCCCAGUUGACAUCACCGUCGCAAACCAACCUCAAACGCUACAACUACAACACCAGAGUUACAAUGUUAAUCAUCGGGCUAACAGGCGGCAUCGCAACAGGCAAAUCCACCGUCUCAUCCCUCCUCUCCUCACCCCCCAACCCCCUCCCAAUCCUCGAUGCAGACGUCAUCGCCCGCGAAGUAGUUCUCCCCGGCACUCCCGCCUACCGCGCCAUCGUCUCCCACUUCUCACCCACCGUCCCGGACCUCCUUGAAGAUGAUGGGACCCUAAAUCGUGCCGCGUUGGGUCGAGCGGUGUUUGGUGAGAGCGAGGACGCAAAGAGGGAGAGAAAGGUCUUGAAUGGAAUUACGCACCCCGCUGUUAAACGGGCUUUGGUGUGGGGUGUGCUCAAGGCUUGGGUGAGGGGGGAGUGGGCUGUUGUGUUGGAUGUACCGUUGUUGUUUGAGGGUGGGUUGGAUAAGUUUUGUGGGGCGACGGUAUUGGUGGCGUGUGAUCUCAAGAUACAGAAGGAGAGAUUGCUGCAACGGAAUCCACAUCUGAGUGAGGAGGAGGCGGAUCAGCGUAUUGCAUCACAGCUCUCGCUCGAGGAUAAACGCCGACGCGCGAAUAUCGUGAUCGAGAACGACGGAUCUCUUGAAGAUUUGGAGAGGAGUGUGAGAGGUGUGGUGGAGGCGUUGAAGCCGUGGGGGUUGGUAACGUUGAUGGAGUGGUUGAUUCCGGGAUUUGGGUUGUGGAUGGCGGGGAAGGAGUGGUUGAUGAGGAAUUAUUGGAGGGGGGAGCGGAAGGCGAAGUUGUAAACUUGGGAGCUGCGAUGCCUUGGGUUUGGUGGGAAGGGAAGAGGAAAUGUUCGAUAUUGGUGGGGGAGGAUUGGGGUAGAAUGGGAUACAGCCGGUACGAUAGGGAACGAUAGGGAAUGAAAGAAACGAAACCGUGUUCCGAAAAAUCAGAUGCAAUAUACCAUGCUACACACCCAGCCCCAUCAUUUCUCCCUAACUUAGUAGUUACGCCUAUUUGUG